AUGCAUAUCCUCUCGUGUGUUAUUGUAGUCGCCACUGCUGCGCUUGCCGGUGUUGCCAACGCAGGACAUGCUCCUCAUGGUCAUGCCUCUAGCUACGCUUCAGUAGUGCAUCAUUAUGGCACUCACGGACACGAUAGUCAUGGUCAUGGGCAUCAUGAACAUCAUGAGCCUCAUCACUAUCCCAAAUACAAUUUCAAGUACGGCGUAAAGGACUCGCACACCGGUGAUCACAAGAGCCAAUGGGAGCAUCGUGAUGGCGAUAAAGUCAAGGGUGGUUACACUUUGGCAGAAGCUGAUGGCACUUUACGUGUUGUAGAAUACACAGCCGAUCAUCACAAUGGCUUCAACGCGGUGGUCAAGAGAAUCGGCCAUGCCCACCACCCACAGGUGCACCACCAUGGAGGACACCACUAUGGUUAUUAG